AUGAAAGUGGCAAACCGGAGACAGACCAACAAAAUGAGCCUCAUGGACAUCAGCAAAAUGUUCGCCAUGCUCCAGCCCAAAGAAGAUGAAGACAACAACAACAACAGAGAAAGUGAGGAGCUGAACCGAGCAGUGGCGGAAGGCAACCACCAAACCCUGGACAUCCUCUUAUGGCAGGACAGGUACAAGAAGGUCAUCAACCGCCAGAGCGGCUGGGGCAUCCCCAGCACACCACUGCGCCUGGCGGCCACCCGGGGCUGUGCCCAGUGCAUCAGGGUGCUCUUGGCACAUGGGGCAGAGCUGGACAGCCUGGAUGUGAAGGCUCAGACCCCGCUCUUCAUUGCAGUCAGCAAUGGCCAUUGGGAGUGCGUGAAGGUCCUGCUGGAGGCAGGGGCCAGCCCCUGUGGCAGCAUCUACAACAACUGCUCCCCACUGCUCAUUGCUGCGCGGGAUGGGAAUGUGGACAUCCUACAGCAGCUCCUGGACCACGGUGCAGAACCCAAUGUUCAAGCCAGGCUGCCCCAGUGGGCGGCUAACUGGGUGGCUUGCUCUGGUCCCCUCUACCUGGCUGCUGCAUACGGGCAUCUGGAGUGCUUCAAGAGGCUGCUGCUUUACGGGGCUGAUCCCAACUAUAACUGCACCGAGGAGAGUGUGAUCGCCCACAUCAAGGAGCCCAAGACUCUGCUGGAAACCUGCCUGAGGCAUGGCUGCAGGAGUGAGUUCAUCAGACUGCUCAUUGACUUUGGAGCCAACGUGUACUUGCCCAACAUCACAGUGUAUGAGGCCACACCACACAGUGAGAGCCUGGAGCUGCUGCUGCAGGCAAGAGCUCAUCCCAAAUCCUUGAUGGCUCAGUGCCGGCUGGCCCUACAGCGCAUCCUGAAGCCAGCUGCCUACCUGCAUGCAAUUGGCAAACUGGAGAUCCCAAUGGCCCUGGCAAACUACCUCCGACACCAGCCAUGA